AUAAAAUGAAGAUUUUAUUGAUGAUUGUCCAUUUAGGAAUCUUACAAUAUGAAGAAGAAGAUUCUUGAUGUCAGAGAAGGAGAAGAAACACGUUUUAUAUUAACAGAUUUGAAAAAAAAAAAAUCCAACUAAAAAUAGACUUAAAUUAUAGUAAAAUAUAGAGCAUAUCACAUUGACUAAGGAAAUUUUAGUAAAUAAUGUAUUAGAAGUAAUUUUAUUUAUUCUAGAAUUUACAAUAGAGAUUACCUUAGGAGUUUUCAGGAACAUAUCAUGUUUGCAGAAAUCAUAGAACUUUAUUAAGUAUAUGUAAUCAUGACUAUAUAUAUACAAGAAAAAUUAUUUAUACAAAUGGUUUAAGCAAAAAAUUAUUAUUUUGUAGACUUCAUUUGACCCAGCCAGAAAAUUAGAGAGUAUCUUGAAAGUAUUACAC